AUGACAACCACAUACGUGAGAAAAUCCAUUCCAACCAUCCAAAUAGAGACGGCACACAUGAAUACCCACACCGUGGAGCACGUUGCUACACGGUCAGACAUCGGUCAACACACGCUCGAUAUUGUCAACUGUUACUGGAUUCCAAAUCAACAGGACUUCACCGUGGCACAACUCAGAUCUAUACAAGCCAGGCCCAGCAGGCAGCGUUCCACACUUCUGUUGGGGGACUUUAACAGCCACCACGCCGCAUGGGGAUAUACUCAAACAACUUCACUAGGCCGCAAAUUAGACAACCUCAAAAGCAAUCAGCACUUCACGCUACUGAACGAUACUACCCAAGCUACAAGAAUCGGCACGGCACAAGAACAAGAUACAAUACCCGAUCUCACAUGGAUCAGGAGCCAUCUCCCGGCGACAUGGGAAAACACCCAAGAUUCUCUGGGAAGUGACCAUUAUAUCCUGGAGAUCCAAAUCCAACUGCGUAAGAAACGCGGAGCACCGAUUGCCAACUGCAACCGGGCAAAAAUCGUGAACUGGCCCAAAGCCCGCAGGGAACUUGAGGACUGCAAUGAUCCAGUCGACGACCCGGAGGAAUGGACGCGACUCAUCCACACUACUAUCCAGAAGCAUACGAAGACGAUAUGCAAAACUGAAGACCACCCCCAUGUCGACAACUAUCUUCUAGCCCUUUGGACUAAACGACGAUGCUUAAUCCAACGUUGGAAAAAGAACAAGCAUACAAAGAAUAUACGAGAUUACACAAGAAAGUCAACAAUACGCAGAGCACUUAGCAAUGCAAUAUUGGAACCAAUUAUGUGA